AUGACCGUGUGUGAGGUUCCCCUAACCUCUGCGGCGGUCGUCAGCCGCACACAUCAGCGCAUUGCCGCCUUGUCCCACAUUAAUGCCAUCAUAAGCACUUUUCUCGAUCACUCGGUGCACUGGACACUCCCGAACGCCUGCGGCUUUGCCAGUCACAUUGACAGCGCCCUCCGUCUCGUCCAGCGUGUCGCCAGGCGUGACGCUGUACUGGUCGCACGUGCUCAAACCCUUUUGUCUACUGCUGAAAAAUCACAAAUCUGGACGGCAAAUGGAGGAAAAUACGCGUCGGCCAAGUUGCUAAUUUAUGAAAAGAAAGACCCAUUUUUUCGACAACGACAGUUUACGUGUGGCAUGGCUCGUGCAGCUGCGAGAGGGGACUUGCCAGUCAUGAAGUGGCUUGUCGCUCAAUUUCCAAGCUGCUACGUGACGCUCGCAGUGGAAGCAGCAGCGAAAUUCGGACAUUUGAAGGUGUUGCAGUGGCUCCACGAGAACAGCAACAGCAGACGAGACAAUGGGGACGGAAGGCUGGGUGAACGCUCGUUGAACGUGUUUUGGGGAGCGAAAGAGCUCUUUUAUGCUGGUCAAAAUGGCCACUUGCAUGUGGUCCAAUGGCUCCAGGAACACACGAACCCAAUGCCGACACACAUGUUUUUCGUCACGCUAGAGGAAGCUGCAAGGAAUGGCAACCUGGAUAUGGUCAAGUGGCUCUGUGACGUCCGGGGAGAGUGGUCACCAUAUGCAGCCGUGUUAGCAGCAAGUGGAGGACAUUUGGACGUGCUGCGGUGGCUGAGGAGCAACAUGUUUUGUUCCUCGCCGUCGGCAUCGAUGGACGACGCCGCUGCAAAUGGUCACUUGGAUGUGCUGAAGUGGCUGCAGGGUAAUGCUGGCUACGCCACUUCAACGGCGAUGGAUAAAGCAGCAGGGAACGGACAUCUCGAGAUUGUCAAGUGGCUGCAAGAGACUCGACAAGAGGGAUGCACGACAGUAGCAAUGGACUUGGCUGCUGCUAACGGUCAUUUCGAUAUUGUGAAGUGGCUUCAUUUGCAUCGGCGUGAAGGAUGCACUACGACAGCAAUGGACGAGGCAGCGACGAAUGGCCAUCUUGCUAUUGUUAGGUAUUUAUACGCGAACCGAAACGAGGGAUGCUCGCAGAGUGCGAUGGACGGAGCUGCUAUGAACGGACACCUGGUGGUAGUGGAGUGGCUGCAUCAACACCAGAAUGAGGGAUGCACGACUGCAGCGAUGGAUGGUGCGGCACGUGCAAAUCACCUCAUGGUUGUACAAUGGUUGCACAAGAACCGAAGGGAGGGAUGUACGGUUGCAGCCAUGAGUCUCGCGGCCCGCAACGGCCAUCUGGACAUGGUGCAGUGGCUUCACGGUCAUCGUAAGGAAGGCUGUACGAGUGAUGCAAUGGAUGAAGCCGCAGCGCACGGUCAUUUGCACGUAGUUCAGUGGCUCCACAGCCACCGGAAGGAGGGCUGUACGUUCAACGCAAUGGAUCGCGCUGCUAGUGGCGGCCAGCUAGACGUUGUGCAGUGGCUUCACAAGAAUCGAGCAGAAGGCUGCACAACUGAGGCGAUGGAUAGUGCAGCAGGCAGAGGUCAUUUGGACGUUGUGCGAUGGUUGCACGAAAACAGAAGUGAAGGAUGCACCGGUGCUGCAAUGGACCGAGCUGCUUCCAAUGGCCACUUUGAAGUCCUCUUAUAUUUGCGAAGUGCACGGUCAGAAGGUUGCACGUCGAAGGCGUUUGUCAAUGCAACAACCGCAGACGAAUUAGAGAUAUUGCAGUGGCUUUUCGAGCACUACCGCGAUCAGUAUGGACACGAUCGACUCCAACUUUUUGGUCUAGGUAAGUUUUGUACCCUCCAGUGGCUCAAGCAGGAGUCGCUUCUUGAAGAUCUACCAGAGAGUGAGCGCCAUUGA